AUUUUCCCAUCCCCGCCUUUCGAGUGUUUGUGUGUGUGUGUGUCGUCCUCUUCCCCCCCACCCCUGCACGCUCUGUGGAAAAAAUGAGGAAAACCAAAAAGAAAAAAAAAAGUUCCCAUUAUGCUUUAAACGGGAUCUUGAGUUUGUGUAACCACCUUAUUACGUUUAUUACGUUUAUUACGUGGGAUGCAUCUGUUCAACCCACACCCUGCUCUGAGAGGGCUGUGAAAAUGCCGCUUGAAAUGGGUUUGUAAUGGAACCGUUUUGCUUAAACACACCCCGUUUUGUUCGACCUUGAAGCUUUACUAAUAUGCUGAAGAACAAACAGCCGAUCCCGGUGAAUAUUCGCGCCACAAUGCAGCAGCAGCAAUUGGCCAGUGCCCGAAACCGGAGGCUGGCCCAGCAGAUGGAAAACAGGCCUUCCGUCCAGGCUGCCUUGAAGCUCAAGCAGAAGAGCCUGAAACAGCGUCUGGGGAAAAGUAACAUCCAGGCACGCUUAGGCCGGCCGGCCCUGGCUCGCGGGGCCUUCGGAGGACGGGGGCUGCCGAUGGGGCAGAGAGGCUUGGCCCGGGGCGCCCUGGCUCGCGGGGGACGCGGCGCACGGGGGCUGCUGCGCGGAGGAAUCCCCCUGCGAGGACAUAGUUUGCUUCGGGGAGGCCGGGGACUCGGCCCCAGGAUGGGGCUGAGGAGAGGAGGCAUGAGAGGCCGGGCGGGGCCUGGCAGGGGCGGCCUGGGCCGAGGAGCCAUGGGACGGGGCGGCCUCGGCGGCAGAGGUGAGUGGAAUGGACCCGAAGGACAGAG